UAGACGCACCGGAGCAAACAACAUGGCGAAGGCCACGGUAAAGAGUGGCGGCAGUGGAAAGAAAAGCUUGAAAAGGAAAGCCGCUAUGCCAGAGCCUCAAGAGGCUGCAGUCGCCGGGGAUGGAGCAACAGAAGGCGGGGUCCAGCCCCCGAAAGCGACUGCCUUCCCCCCAGGCUUCAGCAUUUCGGAAAUUAAGAACAAACAGCGGCGACACUUAAUGUUCACGCGGUGGAAACAGCAGCAGCGGAAGGAAAAGUUGACUGCUAAGAAAAAACUUAAAAAAGAGAGAGAAGCUCUUGGUGAUAAGGCUCCACCAAAACCUGUACCCAAGACCAUUGACAACCAACGAGUCUAUGAUGAAACUACAGUAGACCCUAAUGAUGAGGAGGUUGCUUAUGAUGAAGCUACAGAUGAAUUUGCUCCUUACUUCAACAGAGAAACUUCUCCCAAGAUUCUCAUCACAACAUCAGAUAGACCCCAUGGGAGAACAGUAAGACUCUGCCAGCAGCUCUCAACAGUUAUACCCAACUCACAUGUUUAUUACAGACGAGGACUGGCUCUAAAAAAAAUUAUUCCACAGUGCAUCUCAAGAGAUUUCACAGAUCUAAUUGUGAUCAAUGAAGAUCGUAAAACACCAAAUGGACUUAUUUUGAGUCACUUGCCAAAUGGCCCAACUGCUCAUUUUAAAAUGAGCAGUGUUCGUCUUCGGAAAGAAAUUAAGAGAAGGGGUAAGGACCCAACAGAACACGUCCCUGAAAUAAUUCUGAAUAAUUUUACAACAAGGCUGGGUCAUUCAAUUGGACGUAUGUUUGCUUCACUCUUUCCCCAUAAUCCUCAAUUUAUUGGAAGACAGGUUGCCACAUUCCAUAAUCAGCGGGAUUAUAUUUUCUUCAGAUUUCAUAGGUACAUAUUCAAGAGUGAAAAGAAAGUGGGAAUUCAAGAACUUGGACCACGUUUUACCUUAAAAUUAAGAUCUCUUCAGAAAGGAACCUUUGACUCUAAAUAUGGAGAGUAUGAAUGGGUCCAUAAGCCCCGGGAAAUGGAUACAAGUCGAAGAAAAUUUCAUCUAUAAAGUACUAUGGAAAUAAAUAGUAUUUGAUUUUACAGAACGUGCCUGUCUUGAACUUUCAUAUCUGAACAAAUGGCCAACUGCCAUGAAUUGCCAUUCCGUAUGUGUCAAAUACAAAUAAAAGUCAGAGUUUAGAAAUUGUUACGAUUUAUUUAUUUCAGGGUAAUUUUUGAAUUAAGAUUCAGAUUAAUUUUCCAGUUUGUGUUUUCAGAGUAUAUGGACUGAAAGACACAGAAAGGAUGAUAAAUACCAUGUAACCUAGAUUCAAUAGAUUCAUUUUAGAUCCUCAGUGUCUGGCACAAAGUUGAGGUGAGAUUUCCUUAAACUUUUCAGAAGUGUAAAUGUUUAAAGCAAAAUGAUUUAGCAGGACUUGAAGCAAAGUUCUUUUUGCUGUUUACUUCAUUACAUGGCAUUAAAAUACAUUCCAUUCA